AUGGACCCAGCAGUUGCAGACCAGAUCCGGCAUGCUCUGGCGAGCCAGGGUGCUCUCGUGGGCCAGCACAGCCAAGCCCUCCAGGAAUUGAUGGACGCAUUACGAGGUCUCACAGCUAACGUUGCCCAGAUCGGAAGCCAGUUGGACAGCCUUCCCACCUGCCUCCUCCAGAACCUCCCACACCCCCUUCAGACCAGCCAGCCCUUACUCCUAGAGAGCCACAUGUGCCAGCCCCUGAGCGCUAUGCAGGAUAUCCUGGAACGAUCUGAGGCUGCUAAACGACUCUUCACCAUCCGUCAGGGAUCCCGUAGUGUGGCAGACUACGCAAUCAAAUUCCACAUCGCAGCAGCUGAGUCCGAUUGGAAUGAUGAUGCACUCCAGGGUGCAUUUCGGAACGGGCUUAGCAAGGUGCUGAAGGAUGAGCUAGCCUCCCGGGAUGACACAGACAGCCUGAAUUCUGCUACUCCCGACUCAACUGGAGAAGAGCCCAUGAAUUUGGGUCGAGCCCAUCUUUCACCUGCUGAGCGCUCUCGGAGACUGCAGGCUGCCAUGGCUGAGACAACACAACCCCCACUUCGACUGGACAUCUGGCAAGGUAAAGACCCUGUAGGGGUCUCUGUGUCUCCGCCAGCCGCUGAACCUCCUGAUUUAACCUCAAUCCCCCAUGUCUACCACGAUCUAGGAGAGGUGUUCAGUAAACAGCAAGCUCUCACACUCCCUCCUCAUCGGCCUUACGAUUGUGCUAUAGACCUCCUUCCUGGGGCCCCCCUGCCAACAAGUCGCCUGUACAAUCUGUCCCGUCCUGAAAGAGAAACAAUGGAGAAAUACAUACAUGACUCUCUAGCCGCUGGCAUCAUCAGGCCAUCUUCCUCCCCUGUUGGGGCCGGUUUCUUUUUUGUCGCCAAGAAGGACCACACCUUACGUCCCUGCAUAGAUUACCGUGGCCUCAAUAGCAUUACAGUGAAGAAUAAAUAUCCUCUUCCCUUGAUCAGCUCUACCUUGGAGGUCCUCCAGGGAGCCACCGUUUUCACGAAACUGGAUCUCAGACACGCCUACCACCUUGUCAGAAUCCGUGAGGGAGACGAGUGGAAGACGGCCUUUACUACCCCCCUGGGACACUACGAGUAUCUGGUUGUUCCUUUUGACCUAACCAACACCCCUGCCAUCUUCCAAGCCCUUGUUAAUGAUGUCCUCCGUGACUUUCUCAAUCGCACAGUCUUCGUCUACCUUGACGAUAUUCUAAUCUUCUCCCGCAAUCUGGAGGAACAUGUCCAGCAUGUCCAACAAGUCCUCCAAAGACUCCUGGAAAACAAACUCUUCGUCAAGGGAGAGAAGUGUGAGUUUCAUGUUAGCUCCAUCAGCUUCUUGGGUUACAUCUUUGAGAGUGGGCAAGUGAGAACGGACCCAGAGAAGGUACAGGCGGUAGUGGAGUGGCCCAAACCAUCUAACCUCAAACAGCUCCAGCGGUUUCUUGGCUUUGCCAACUUCUACCGUCGAUUCAUCCAGGAAAACAGCAGAGUUGCCGCUCCUCUCACCCAGCUCACCUCUACUCUCACUCCCUUCUCCUGGACCACUGGAGCGGAGUCUGCUUUCUCUGAACUGAAGAGACGUUUUACCACUGCACCUGUUCUCAUUCAGCCAGACCAGUCUCGCCAGUUUGUAGUGGAAGUUGAUGCCUCGGAUACGGGAGUCGGGGCGGUUCUCUCCCAGCGCUCAGCCACAGACCAAAAGCUCCAUCCCUGUGCCUUAUUUUCUCGUCGUCUGUCGCCAGCAGAGAAGAACCACAACAUUGUAAACCGUGAGUUACUGGCCCUUGCUUUGGAAGAAUGGAGGCAUUGGCUGGAGGGGUCCGAACACCCAUUCUUUGUGUGGACUGACCACAAAAACCUGGCUUACAUUCAAACCGCCAAACGCCUCCGUCAAGCCCGCUGGGCUUUGUUUUUUGGCCGAUUCAACUUUACCCUUACCUACCGUCCCGGCUCCAGGAACAUCAAGCCAGACGCCCUCUCUCGCCAACAUGUGAUCGAAGUAACUCCUCCCAACACUGACACAAUCCUCCCCUCAUCCUGCAUGGUGGCUGCAGUGACUUGGGAGAUUGAAUCCAUUGUCAGGAAUGCUCAACUCGCACAACCAGACCCGGGUAAUGGUCCGCCUAACCGCCUAUUUGUGCCUGAUUCUGUCCGCUCCCAGGUCCUCCAGUUCUCCAAGGCGGAGCACAUUGUUGCUCUCCCCAAGCUCCCCACAGCUUCUGAAACUGCUGACCUCCUUGUUCUCCAUGUUGACCGCCUUCAUGGGAUCCCAAACGACAUUGUCUCCGACCGUGGACCCCAGUUCGUUUCCCACGCUAUCAACCACCCCUGUUUCCAGCCCAGGAGGACGAACUGGCAGUCCCUUCUGUCCGGGCCCAUCUCCGCCGUUGUCAAAAACUGUGGAGGAACACUUGCUCUGCCCUGCUGCGCUCAGCUGACCGCAACCGCCGACCGUCACCGAACUCCAGCACCCACAUACCAACCAGGUCAGAAAGUGUGGCUCUCCUCCAAAGAUCUCCCGCUGUUGACUGCCUCCAAGAAACUCACACCUCGAUACGUUGGGCCAUUUGUGAUCGAGACUGUCCUUAACCCAUCUGUUGUCAAGCUCAAGCUCCCUACUCAUAUGAGGACAAUUCACCCCACCUUCCACGUCUCUUUGUUGAAACCGGUUUCCACCAGCGUGCUCGCUCCUCCGGCUACUGCCCCUCCACCCCCCCGCAUCAUUGAUGACCAUCCUGUCUACACCGUCCGGCGACUGCUGGACGUGUGCCGUCGCGGACGUGGAUACCAGUACCUAGUGGAGUGGGAGGGAUACGGUCCUGAAGAGCACUGCUGGAUUUCCCGCCGCCUCAUACUGGAUCCUGCCCUUGUCCGGGAUUUCCACCGUGAGCAUCCCGACAGACCUGGUGGGUUGCCUGGUGGCAACCGUUGA